UCACGUGGCUACGGCUUCUCGUCGUUGCGUUUUAGCGGCUAACGCACAAUGGCUAAACAUCAUCCAGAUUUAAUCUUCUGUAGAAAACAAGCCGGUGUCGCCAUUGGGAGACUCUGUGAGAAAUGUGAUGGCAAAUGCGUUAUCUGUGAUUCCUAUGUCAGACCUUGCACACUUGUACGCAUUUGCGAUGAAUGUAACUACGGCUCUUACCAAGGUCGCUGUGUGAUCUGUGGAGGUCCAGGAGUAUCAGAUGCUUACUAUUGCAAGGAAUGCACAAUACAGGAGAAAGAUCGAGAUGGCUGUCCAAAGAUUGUAAACCUCGGAAGCUCUAAGACUGACCUCUUUUAUGAAAGAAAAAAGUAUGGCUUCAAAAAGAGGUGAAACUGGGAUUGUGAAGAUGGCCUUUCAGAUUUAGUUUCAGCAGCUGUUUUUCUGUUAAGAUUUUUUUACUCAUUUUUCUCAUGUAAUAAAAUCCAACUUUUACAAACU